AUGAGGGUUUACCAAAAUCGUACCAUUCCUUUUAAAUCCUUCAUUUUCGCUUUGACAGUCUUAGUUGCUUCCGCCUCUGCUUCGGUUGGCAUUCAUGGUGGAUACAUUGGUGCUGCUUCUGUUCCAGUUGCAACCUAUGCUGCUCCAGCCGCAUACUCCGCAUAUUCCACUUAUGCUGCCCCUGUUGCAACUUACGCUGCUCCAGCUGGUGUUUCCUCCUAUGCUGCCCCAGCUGCCGUAGCCACUUAUGGGGCUCCAACUGCAGUUUCCUAUGCCGCUCCUGCUGCUGUUACUGCUUAUGGUGCCCCCGCUGCGGUAGCCACCUAUGGUGCACCAGCUGCCGUUUCCACCUAUGCCGCUCCAGCUGCAGUUUCCACCUAUGCCACUCCAGCUGCAGUAGCCACCUACGCUGCUGCUGCGCCUGUCGCUGUUGGUGGUUAUGUUCAUUCUGCAUCAGUACCAGUUGCGCAAUAUGCUGCCCCUGCUGCAACUUUUGUUCGCUCAAUAGGAGGCUUUGGAGGUUUCUUCAAGAAGUAA